UUGCUUCUCCAUUUGAACAAAGUAUGGAAUCAGUAACACUAUGGAUCCAGUCUUUGUUGUUCUUCAUCUUUAUUAUUGCUACUUUGUAUGUUGUAGACACACUUAUUAUCUCAAAUAGACUAACUACUGAUUACCAAAAUAUCCAGCUGAAGAAGCAGCCCCAUCUGCCUCUGCGUUUCCGUUCAGAUGGAACCUUCAAAAUCCUCCAGGUUGCGGAUAUGCACUAUGGGAAUGGGAUAGUGACUCGGUGUAGAGAUGUGUUGGAGAGUGAGUUCAAUUACUGUUCUGACCUCAACACGACUCAUUUCUUGAGGAAGAUGAUUCACAUUGAAAAACCAGACUUGAUUGUAUUUACUGGAGAUAACAUAUUUGGAUCAAGUGCUACUGAUGCUGCAGAAUCUCUGUUUGAAGUUUUUGCUCCUGCUAUAGAAUCCGGAAUUCCAUGGGCAGCAGUUUUGGGGAACCAUGAUCAAGAAUCUACUAUGACUCGUGAAGAACUUAUGUCUUUCAUCUCCCUGAUGGAUUAUUCCGUUUCACAAACAUUUCCAAUGGAUCCAAUGAAACAGCUACCAAUGACAAAUAUUGAUGGAUUUGGCAACUACAAUCUUGAAGUGCGGGGUGCACCUGGCUCAUACUUAAGUAACAGCAGCGUUCUUAACCUAUAUUUUCUAGAUAGUGGAGAUAGAGCUAUUGUUGACGGUGUCCGGACUUAUAACUGGAUCAGAGAAUCUCAACUAAGUUGGCUUCGUGGUCUUUCUAAAAGAUUUCAGGGACAAUGGAAACUUACUGAUCAAUCACUGGAGAUUCCUCCGCUGAAUCCUGCACUAGCAUUUUUCCACAUCCCAAUUCCAGAAAUCCGUCAAGGUCCUAUUAAAGAUAUUGUUGGCACGUACCGGGAAUAUGUGGCAUGUUCAUUAGUGAACUCUGGAGUCUUGAAGACCUUUAUCUCUAUGAGGGAUGUUAAGGCUUUUUUUAUAGGUCAUGAUCAUAAUAAUGAUUAUUGUGGUAAUCUAGAAGGUAUGUGGUUUUGCUAUGGCGGAGGCUUUGGAUAUCAUGGUUAUGGUGUAGCUGGUUGGCCUAGAAGAGCAAGGGUAAUACAGGCAGAACUUGGGAAGGGAAAGGAAGUCUGGAUGGGUAUGGAGAAGAUCAGGACGUGGAAACGACUCGAUGAUGGUGUACUGACCAAGUUUGAUGAGCAAGUCUUGUGGGACAUUCAUUCAUCAAGAUGAAAAUAUCAGGAUCCACUCAAUAUAUUCGAUAUGGUCGAUGUACACUUUCACAGUUUUAUGAGCUGUUUCAUGAUUUGGUUGAUGCUUCCACGUAAAACUAUUGGAGUUUGAGGGUGAUUUAUUUCACUUGUGUGAAGAGUGUGUUUGUUGUAAACUUGUAAUGUCCAAAACUUGCAAGAGUAGUCUAGAAAUUUGUAAUACCAUAGUAGUUGUUAACAAAUAAUUAGCACCAAUUAUGUAAGUUGUAUUGUCACCACGAAUGCAUUUUACACGUUAAAUACUUUUAAGCC